ACAACGCGGAGUCAAUUACAGCCUUUUGCAGGCGUUUUGCGAAAGGAGUCCAGCUCUCGCGGUGCUUGGAGUGCCAUAAAGCUGCCCUCCCGUGAGGUUUCGCUCUUCUUCCUCGGGAAACACCAAAUGGCGGAUGACGCCGGUGCAGCGGGAGGGCCCGGAGGACCCGGAGGCCCAGGCUUGGGAGGCCGCGGCGGCUUCCGUGGAGGAUUUGGUAGCGGUCUACGGGGCCGCGGUCGGGGCCGCGGUCGAGGCCGCGGUCGGGGCCGUGGGGCUCGUGGAGGCAAAGCUGAAGACAAGGAGUGGAUUCCAGUCACCAAGCUGGGCCGUCUGGUCAAGGAUAUGAAGAUCAAGUCCCUGGAGGAGAUCUACCUCUUCUCCCUGCCCAUUAAGGAAUCCGAGAUUAUUGACUUUUUCCUGGGAGCAUCUCUUAAGGAUGAGGUUUUAAAGAUCAUGCCAGUGCAGAAGCAAACCCGGGCUGGCCAGCGGACCAGGUUCAAGGCUUUUGUCGCCAUUGGGGACUACAAUGGUCAUGUUGGUCUGGGUGUUAAGUGCUCCAAGGAGGUAGCCACUGCAAUUCGAGGGGCCAUCAUCUUGGCCAAGCUUUCCAUUGUCCCUGUUCGGAGAGGCUACUGGGGAAACAAGAUUGGCAAGCCCCAUACCGUCCCCUGCAAGGUGACAGGCCGUUGUGGCUCUGUGCUGGUGCGCCUCAUCCCUGCCCCCAGAGGCACUGGCAUUGUCUCUGCUCCUGUGCCCAAGAAGCUACUGAUGAUGGCGGGUAUUGAUGACUGCUACACAUCAGCCAGGGGCUGCACUGCCACCCUGGGUAACUUUGCCAAGGCCACCUUUGAUGCCAUCUCUAAGACCUACAGCUAUCUGACCCCUGACCUCUGGAAAGAGACUGUCUUCACCAAGUCUCCCUAUCAGGAAUUCACAGAUCAUCUUGUGAAGACCCACACCAGAGUCUCUGUGCAGAGAACCCAGGCUCCAGCUGUGGCUACUACCUAGGGUUUUUAUAUGAGAAAAAUAAAGUGAAUUAAGUCUGUUAA